UGCUGAGAAGCUGCUGGAAGUCACAUCCGAGCAGUGGCCCUGGCUGAGAGGUGAUCAGAGCAUCAUUAGAAGAGAGUUAUCAUCAUGGGGAACUUUCUAGAAUGCAUGGGAAGUUUUUUCUGCCGGCAAAAGAAUACCAAUGUUCGUAUUACUCUGCCGGCUGUCUGCUUCAUCUGGCAGAUUGCUAUGGUUGUACUGUUUGGGAUUUUCAUCCGCUAUGAUGAGGAAUCAGACGUACGAAAAUGGCUAGAGCUCAAAGAAAGAAACAACAUCACCAGCGAUAUCGAAAAUGACUUCUACUUCAGAUAUCCCAGCUUCCAGGACGUCCAUGUCAUGAUCUUUGUUGGAUUUGGUUUCCUCAUGACCUUCCUGAAACGCUACAGCUUUGGUGGUGUGGGCUUCAACUUCAUGAUUGCUGCCUUUGGUGUGCAGUGGGCUCUUCUCAUGCAAGGCUGGUUCCACGCGCUCGACCCCGUCACCGCAACGAUCUCUAUUGGAGUAGAGAGUUUGAUCAACGCUGACUUCUGCGUUGCUAGUUCUCUGAUUGCCUAUGGUGCCCUCCUGGGAAAAGUAAGCCCUGUCCAGCUGAUGAUUGUCACCUUGUUUGGCGUCACACUGUUUGCUGUGGAGGAAUACAUCAUCCUCGACCUCCUUCAUUGCAGAGAUGCUGGUGGCUCAAUGGUCAUUCACGCCUUUGGAGGGUACUAUGGUUUGGCCAUCUCCUGGGUUCUCUAUCGACCAAACCUACACCAAAGCAAACGCCUCAACGGAUCUACCUACCACUCUGAUGUGUUUGCUAUGAUUGGUACACUGUUCCUGUGGAUGUAUUGGCCCAGUUUCAACUCGGCAAUCACAGACCACGGCUCCGGACAGCACAGAACAGCCAUCAACACUUACAUCGCCCUCGCCUCCUCUGUGCUCACCACCGUGGCCAUCUCCAGCAUGUCUGACAAAAGAGGAAAACUGGACAUGGUGCACAUCCAGAAUGCCACUCUGGCAGGUGGUGUUGCAAUGGGAACGGCAGCAGAGUUCAUGAUCACUCCUUAUGGUUCUCUAAUCGUGGGCUUCUGCUGUGGCAUCAUCUCCACCUUUGGCUACCUGUUUGUCACGCCCUUCUUGGAGAAAUACCUAAAGCUCCAGGAUACAUGUGGUGUCCACAAUCUGCACGCUGUGCCAGGGAUGCUCGGCGGCUUUAUAGGCGCCAUUGUUGCUGCAUUCGCCUCUGAAGAGGUCUAUAGCAGGCAGGGGUUGAUCGAGACAUUUGACUUUGAAGGAGAGUUUGCAGACAGAACGCCAGGAACACAGGGAGGCUUCCAGGCUGCUGGCACAUGUGUGGCUAUUGUAUUUGGACUUGUUGGAGGAGCGGCUGUUGGUCUCAUUCUGAGGUUACCUAUCUGGGGUGACCCUGCUGAUGACAACUGCUAUGAUGAUGAAGUUUACUGGGAGGUUCCUGAGGAUGAGGAGAGCAUCCCUCCUGUUUUGGAGUACAACAACCACAUGAUACACAAGCACCAAGACAUAUCCGAAUCAAACUUCUCUGUGGAGCAAAGUUAGAAACAUCAAGCCCCUCAUUUCACUUUGAACUUGAUACAGCUGUGAAACAACAGCAGCCACCAAAAUGUGCACUUAUACAAAGAAAGGAACACACCGGCCCUCUGCCACUCUUGUCUCGCACCUUUUACACCCGACAGAUUUGUGAAUGAUUGGAAGCUUAAGGUUAUGAUGGUGAUCAAAGAACUCAUAGAUGGAAAAAAUUAUUCCCAAUCUGGUUUUAUUUUGAAGGAACUUUUAAACUACAUUUACUUUCUCUUUCAUUUUGGAUGAAACUUGAUUUGCAGAUGCUUAAUGACUGUAAAAUAUCAGGUUCUGAAUCCAAGCAGCACAAUGGGAAGUCAAAGACACUUUGUUGAUGCUGUGUAAGAUGAUUAUAAUGCACAGAAGAAUUGAGAAACAUUCGUACAUCAGCUCUAAAGCUCUUAUGUCAUGCCUUUUUAAAUUGAUGAAAUGUUUGCCAUUUUAUUUCUCAAUAAUGAAGACUGUUAGAAAAAUGGUGUAUAAAUGAAGGUGAUUAGUGAAUAAUCUAAAGUAGGCUAUUUGUGCAGCCAAAUUAGACCAUUUUUGAGUUGUAUCUUGUAGUUAUUUCUUUAAAAUGAUGUAUAGGUUUUUGUAAGCUGUGUGUACAUAUGGUUUAAUCUUGCAUAUUAUGGUCAUAACUUGCUUGUUCUUAAGGUGGAAGUUUUUACUUACUGUUGUAACUAUGAUACAAUUUUCAGGGAUUUGUUCGCUGUAGUGUUGAAUGUUAGGCAACCUCAAUAUACUAUAUGUGAUUGUAUGUGACGACCUGCUUGUUGUCUUCAUGAUGUAGACAUUCAUAAAUCACAUGUAACUGGAAUUAAACAAUAACCUUAUA